AUGCCUCCACCACCACCACCAUCCCAACAGCCAUUUCAGCUGCCACACUUUGGUCUGCCACUGCAGCAUCCCCCACCCUUAUAUUUACCGCCCCCAAAUUUGCUUCCACCCCCUCCAUUGCCACAGUUGCGUCCUCCACUAUUCUCCAGUACAUUGACAUCACCCCCACCAGUACCAGUUCCAGGGUUUCCUCCUCCAUCACUGCCAAUGCCACCACAACCACCAUUUCAAGGGUAUCAGAUGGCACUUUCUCAAGGCCAAGAUGCUGGAUCAAGAAUCCGAUUCCCACAAGUUCGGAUAUAG